AUGGCGUCAUUCAGCGACGUCGAAGCGCUGCCGGAGACUGAGGAGGUCGUCGAUCAGCAGGCCAAGGCAUGCGAAGCUGAAGGCGCCUUGGCAGCAGCAGCAACCGUGACAGAAGAGAACGACGAGGCGACGCUGCAGGAGCAGCAUGAUGACAAGGCGCCCGUGCCCGAUCACCAGCAAGAGAUAUCGGCGCCCGGGCACGCCGCAGCAGUGGCACCGGCGGCACCAGCGGCGCCAGAGGAGCACGCCGCCGCAGAGGCACCGGCGGCACCGGCUCCAGAGGAACACGGGGACGAGAAGAAGGACCAGCAGGCCGUGGUGAAGGAAGAGGUGGAGGAGAUCGCGGCGGCGGCGGCGGCGGCGGCAGAUGAUGCGGCGGAGAGCACGCGCGAGAGGCUGAAGCGGCACAGGCGGGAGAUGGCGGGGAGGGUGUGGGUCCCGCAGCUGUGGGGGCAGGAGAAGCUGCUCAAGGACUGGGUGGACUGCGCCGUCUUCGACCGCCCCAUGGUGCCGACGGGCCUGCUCACGGCGCGCCGAGCGCUCAUCGCCGAGUGCUGCACCACACGCCGCCCAGACCGAACGUCGUCGCCGUCGUCGUCCACCACCAGCUCCAGCUCCAGCUCCAGCCCCAGCCCGCUCCGGGUGCGGAACGGCUGCUCCUGA